AAUCAUAAGAUCGAAACGAAGAGUCCAUUGGAGACGAAGACACCAGCGGUGGAGAGGAAGAGACGGAAGCGAUGGGUCUCGACGUUAGCCGAAGAGAACAGAGAGUUGAUUGUGAAUGUACUGAUUGUGAAGACUAUCAAUAGAUUUACAAAUCGUUGCUCAGAUCGUUUUCAAUUGAAAAGUUUAAUACCGUUUGACAUCCGAAACAGGAAUCUGUUAUCGCCGGAGAACUGUUGCGCGUAUUAUACGGCCGCCACCGCCGCCCAUAAUCUUAAGCAAAGGGGUUUCGGUGACCGCCUAUACCUUAAUCGCGAUAAGAAAAGUGAGGAUCCAUUGGAUGAGUUGGCGAUCGCGCCCUGGAAUACAACCGAAGCCUAUAUCGCAUCAAUCAAUCAGAAAAAAUAUUUGACAGUUUGCGAGUACAACGAAGACGGCUCUCUCCUCUUUGUCAAUCAGUCCUUCAAAGAUAUUCGAGAUCAAAUGCCAACCUUCAGGAAGUGCUUCCCAAUGUCUGAUCGAUCGCUCAAACUAUUAACACUGAAAAGAGCUCACGAAUGGCUAACUACCUAUGGAUUGGCCACUGAAAGGGUGAAGAAACUGAAGAAUGUCUCGGAAUGCGGUUCAAUGAUUAAGAAACUGUCCGAUAAAUUGCGAGCCAUAGGCGUGAGGCAAGGGAUGACCAAAACGGCGUCCGCUGAACAGCACUAUAAGAUAGAGUGUCAGAAAGUAUUUGAUUUACACACCAGUUAUUACUCUUCCAACGAUACGUACAGUACGGAUGAGGAGGAAGACGAAGAGGAGGACGACAGUGACUCUGAGUUCGAGGACAUGGGCCGAGAC